AUACAAGAGUCUCUCUAAAUUUUGCUUCGAAUCCGGAACUACAGCAAUCUUAAACGUGUCUCGCGAGUGUGUGUUGUGUGUGUAUGAAAUAUUAGCCCAGCCCAACAGCCCUUCCUAUUCCCCUCCCUUUCCUUCAACACUCUCAGUCGGUUCGCCCGCAGCACUUGCGUUCUCUCGGCCGGGUUUCACUCCAGAGAUGGCUGCGAAAGUGUGUAGAUCUGUCCUCCUCCUGUCCCGGAGCAGUGGAGCCGUAGCCUCUUCUGUUUUUCCCGCAUUUGGUGUCUCCUUACAUCGACACCAUCAGAGCACAAGAACGGAGGCACUGUCUGUUCCUCUUGGAGGUCACCAGACUAUCAGGAGAGCACAUGGUCUGAAAACAGGUGCCAGGUCUGCAUUUUUCAGCCACCCCAGUGCCACUUUGACAGCCCAGGGUUGGAGAGACUCUCCCUCAUGGCAGGCUCAAAGACUUCUGUGUUCAUCUGUUGCUACAGAAGACAUCACAGUGGUGUAUCAGAACGGCUUGCCGGUGAUCUCUGUGCGCCUGCCGUCCCGACGAGAACGCUGUCAGUUCACCCUAAAACCCUUGAGUGACACGGUGGGUGUUUUUCUUCAGCAGCUGCAGGCAGAAGACAGAGGCAUCGAUAGAGUCGCCAUUUACUCUGAAGAUGGAGCAAGGAUAGCGUCCUCUACAGGGGUUGAUAUUUUACUUUUGGACAACUUUAAGCUUGUCAUUAAUGACACAACGCAUCUAGUGCAACCGCCAAGCAGAGAUCUGCUACCUCAUGAGGAAGCGGAUCGGCUGAAUGAUGUCAAGUUUUUAGUGCAGCAGCUCUACACCACACUGCGCAUAGAGGACCAUCAGCUGAACAAAGAGAGAGAGCUGGUUGGACGACUGGAGGACCUUAACUCUCAGCUCCGCCCACUGGAGAAGGUUAAAGAAGAGCUGAGUAGGAAAGCAGAACGUAGGACCACGUGGGUUCUGUGGGGUGGGAUGGCCUACAUGGCCACGCAAUUUGGCAUUCUGGCACGAUUGACCUGGUGGGAAUAUUCUUGGGAUAUCAUGGAGCCGGUCACAUACUUUAUCACCUACGGCACAGCCAUGGCCAUGUACGCUUACUUUGUGCUGACACGUCAGGAAUAUAUUUAUCCAGACGCCAGAGACAGACAGUAUCUGCUGUUCUUUCAUAAGGGAGCCAAGAGGACACGCUUUGACAUUGAGAAAUACAACAAACUGAAAGAUGCUAUUGCUGAGGCGGAGUUGGAUCUAAAGCGUCUCAGAGAUCCUCUGCAGAUGCACCUGCCCCUCCAGCAAAUCGAUACCAGCAAGGACUGAUGACAACGUGAAGCUCUCACUCCUCAUCUUGAUUUCAUUACCUCCCGUCUCCCUUUCAGAUUUGUUUUCUCUAGCUUUUAUCUUUAGUUUUAUCUCUACCACCUCUGUGUAAAACCAUAUUCAUAGCAAACGUUGGAUUUUUAUUAUCAUUUCGAUUUGUUCGCUCUUUCAUUUCCAGCUAAUUUGGCAAGUCUAUGCAGAAGACAGGGGGGUGCAAUUAAACGAAAGAAAAACGACAUCCCUGACAGAAUGGUGUGAUGACUCGUGCUUGCUAAUCUGAGUGCUUUUAUAACGCUAAAGGACCGCAGAGAGAAACGCAGUUGACAGAAAGUUCCCACUACCUUAAAGGGAUUUAAACAGUACAGUACAGUACAUUGCUCCAGACAAUGAGCCCACGUCUUGCAUGGGAUACAAACACUCAAAGACUCUGAGGUCUACAAACCAUCUGUCCUUGGGUUGAAAGGUUUUUUCCACAUUGGAGUACUUCUGAUAUUCCUCAUUUUGACACUUUGCAGAAGAGAUUUUUGGAUGCGUCCCUCUUUCCUACUCGGGAAAAUCUGUUUACCAUCACGCCAGACCUGUAGCGGCUAAAACGCCGCGUCGACUCCUGCACCUAACAGCCUAAGCUAAACCUUCCUGACUCGACCGACUCUCUUCCUGUACGGACCUGAUCGAGCUGAAGACAGAUCUGACAGCUAAAAUAUCACUGUGUGUACUAUUAUUCCAAAAACAGAGAAAAAUCAAAGAAAUUUUGGCACUUUUUUAUUUUAAAAGCCAUAUUCUGUUUAUUAUUACGAUGAGAAAAUGGGAAGAAGCUUUUACUUAUCAUUGUCAUAGGAUCCUUUUUUUAAAUUAGGGUUUUUUUAUCACGCCACCAAACAUUUCAUCUGCAAUGCCCUGCUAUUUUAUUCAUGAAGCGAAUCCCAAACACUUGGAGACUUCGGUGAUGAGUUUAUUACUGCAGAUGUUUCAUGCUUGCCCACACACACACACUUCAUUCGUUUACUUGCAAGACAUUUUUCUGAAUGAGAUUCAAAAAGAUUUUUCUUAUUUUUUUGUCUUGUUUUCAGUAUUUAAACUUCUCAAAACAAGAUGAAUUUACUGGAGGAGCAGAACCGUACGACUUGUUUUCAUAGGAUGUAUCUUGAAUGAAGUUUGCAUGUGUGGGAUGUGUGUGAAGAUGCAUAAAUCUAACAUAGUUUUGCACUGUAAAAAAAGUUUAUUCAAGUUAAAAAUAUUAGUUAAGUAAAGAAUUUGUGUAAAAUGAUUGUGUUGACUAUUUUUAGGUUGAAUUAACUCAAUUAACUUACUUUUAGUUGAACCAACACAUGUUUGUUGCUGUAAAAGCAAAGUUGGAUCAACUUCAAUUGGUAACACCAUAAAAAGUACAUUCAUUCAACAAUUUUUUACCUAAAGUGAUAAUAGUGAAAAUAUUAGUUAACUAAAAUUAUUGUGUAAACUGAUUGUGUUGACUAAUAUUAUUUGGUUGAAGUAACUUGAAAUUUGUAGGCAACCAGGUUACUUACUUUUUAAGUUGAACAAACUUUUUUUAAUUGCCUAAUAAAAAACAAACUGAUAAAAGUGAAAAGUUGGAUUAACUUCAAUUGGUAACACCCAAAAAAAGAAGGUUUAUUCAACUUCAAUUUUUUACCUAAAGCGAAAAUAGUGAAAAUAUUAGUUAACUAAAAAAUUGUGUAAACUGAUUGUGUUGACUAAUAUUAUUUGGUUGAAUUAACUCAAUAUUUUAAUGCAACAAUUAACUUACUUUAAGUUGAACCAACUUUUUUAGUUGCCUAAUAAAAACAAACUGUUAAAAGUGAAAAGCUGGAUUAACUUUAAUUGGUAACACCAAAAAAAGUAAAUUUAUUCAAGUAAUUUUUUACCUAAAGUGAAAAUAGUGAAAAUAUUAGUUAACAAAAUUUUUUUGUAAAAUUGUGUUGACUGAUAUUAUUAGGUUGAAUUAACUCAAUAUUUUAAGGCAACAAUUAACUUACUUUAGGUUGAACCAACACAUUUUUGGUUGCCUAAUGAAAACAAACUGUAAACUGUGAAACGUUGGAUAAACUUUAAUUGGUAACACCAUAAAAAGUAAAAUUAUUCAACUAAAAUGUUUUGCCUAAAGUGAAAAUUAAAGUUAACUAAAAAUGUGUAAAAUUAUUGUUUUAACUAAUAUUUUUAAGUUAAAUUAACUUGAAAUUUUGUAGGCAACCAGGUUACUUACUUUUUAAGUUGAGAACUUUUUUAAAUUGCCUAAUAAAAAACAAACUGUAAAAAGUGAAACGUUGGAUCAACUUCAAUUGGUAACAAAAAAGUAUAUUUAUUCAACUUAAUUUUUUUAAAUCUAAAGUGAAAAUAGGGAAAUAUUAGUAAACUAAAAAUUGUGUAAAAUUAUUGUGUCGACUAAUGUUUUUAGGUUGAAUUAACAGUUAACUUACUUUAAGUUGAACCAACACAUUUUUGUUGCCUAAUAAAAAACUGUAAAAUUGAAAAGUUGGAUCAACUUCAAUUAGUAACACCAAAAAACUAAAUUUAUUUAACUUACAUUUUUUACCUAAAGUGAGAAUAUUAGUUAACUUAAAAAUGUGUAAAAUUGUUGUGUUAACUAAUAUUUUUAAGUGGAAUUAACUUAAAAUUUGUAAGCAACCAGGUAACUUACAUUUUAAGUUGAACCAACUUUUUUUAGUUGCCUAAUAAAAAACAAACUGUAAAAAGUGAAAAGUUGGAUCAACUUAAAUUGGUAAAACAAAAAAAAGUUUUACACAAUUUUUAGUUAACUAAUAUUUUUACUAUUUUCACUUUAGGUAAAAAAAUUGUGUUAUCUAAUAUUUUUAAGUUGAAUCAACUUAAAUUUUUUAGGCAACCAGGUUACUUACUUUUUAAGUUGAACCAACUUUUUUUUACAGUGCAAAACUAUGUUAAAUUCAUCACACACAUCUUACACACAUGUACUUCUCAACUAAAUACAUCUUGUUUUCUAGUAAACAUAUCUUUGAGCAUCCUCAAAGCAAGACAAAAUAUCACAUGCAAAUGUUUUUCUUGAUGAAAAUCUUUUUUUAAACAUCAUAAAUGUUGAUUUCCCACAGUGCCUGACAUCAUACUGCAUUGUGCUUGUUAGGGCUCAUCUGAACAAAUCCUUGUUUAUCAAUUCACUCCUAAAGCGAGCGAGUCACUGUGUCUGGCAAGUUUUUAUGAAAAACACAAUUUUACACAGUCAAGUCCAUCGAUCAUGUGGCGUUUCAGCUGCAUAAUUAUAUCUGCCUCAAUAUGCCAAGAGUCUUCUGGACCAUGCGCAGAAGGUGUACUAUAUUAGAUCAUAGAGUUAGCGUGUGUUUUGCACACUUUGUGGCAUGCUAUAGAGAGAGAUUGUCGCAUCCUUUGUCUAUAUGUGGUAUCUUUAGCAGAAAGGCCUUCGCGGUGGUUCUUUAACAUCGUUUUGUUUUCCUUCGUCUUGUUUGAGAGUAUAUAUACAUCACAAUUAUAUAUUCAUGAGAAGGUUUCUUUGUUUUACCAAAAACGGUCAUUUUAGAUUUAAACAUACACCCCUGUUGUUCUCUGAGCAAUGAUCAUAUCAAGACUGUCUGAAAUGAAUUUGGAGGGAAUUGAUAUUUAUUCAGACCCAUGUUAUGUGUUCAUCCCCCGCAGACAUGCUUAAAAACAAAUACCUCUGUGGUACUGCAGCUGAAUCCAUCCAUUAUCACCGAUGUUGGAGAUGUCAGAAGCCCCCCGUGUUUGUGCCUACGGGCUUUUUCCCAACCAUUUAAAGCCAUAUUAAUGUUAUUUCAGUGUCUCUGGAGUCAAUGGGUGUCUGCAAUAGCUGCAGCAUCAUGCAUUUGAAUAUCCAUUCUCACUAUACGUUUACAUUUACAGGGUGGGACACUAGCCAAAGGCCAACAAGCAGUCAGUUUCUGACCCACACCAUCCCUUUAUUUUCUUUUUUCUGUAAAAAAUGUUCAGUAAAUCAUAUGAUGUUCUUUUUAAAGACCUUAAUGGGAAGAAAAGAAACCUUAAAGGAAUAGUUCACCCAUAAAUAUUUUUUUUCAUCAUUUACUCACUCUUAUGUUGUUACAAACCUGUAUACAGUAAUUUUUUUAAUCGAUUUAGUUAUAAACAUCUCAAAAUAUCUUCCACAGAUCAAAGGCCCCAUUGACUUCCAUAGAAGGAGAAAAGAAUACUACGGAAGUCAAUGGGGUCUCGGUUUGGUCUUUAAAAUAUCUUAUUUUGUGUUCAUCAGAACAAAUACAUUUAUACAGGUUUGUAAUAAAACGAGAGUGCUUAAAUAAUGACACAAUUUUCAUUUUUGGGUGAACUAUCCCUUUAAACAGGUGUUUAAGCAGAUUUUGCAUGUCUUGGUAAACAUGUGAGAUGGAUGUAAUGUGUUGAGAAGAGUUCAGGUCUUUAACUAAACUAAAUUGCAACUAACCUAAAGGCUUUGCUCUCUAUAUGUGAUUUUAGAGAUUGCAUCGACAAUAUGUGUGUGACCUGACAGCUUUAAAGUGGAGAUGUUUAUCUCUUUGUCUGGGUUUGUCUGAUCAUGUGUCCUACUAUCAACACUCGUUCUGUCACACUAGAUGUGUUGUGGGCAUUUGAUACACAGACCCAGUAAAUGUGAUGUUGCCAAAUAGGAGACGUUCCUAAAACAUUAUCUGUUGUUGGUCAAAUAAUUUAAAAGUUACUUGUUCCAGGAUCUUCAACAAGUUGUUGAUGCAACAGUUUGACAUUUAUGAGAGUUGUGCAUUUACACCAUAACUCUUUGGUGCAAGCGACUAGUAUAGCCGUUCUUCAAUUCUGUAUAAUCAAGUAUAAAUCAAUAAAACCUCCACCUCCCAUACUGUGUGUGAUCAAGUUCAUCCAUAAACGAAUUUGGAGGUGUUAAUGCAGGGCACUGCAGUUUAAAAAACGCACCCAUCUCCCCCUCAAACAUAUCUAAACUUGCCUUUAUUUACUUCUGAGGUCCUGAUCUGAUAAGUUUCUUAUUUUAGUUGAUUUGUAGGGUUUUCUGUUUGUUUCAGGGUUUUUUAUAAUGAUAUAUCAAAUAUAUGGAACUUAUUCUAAAGCGGGUGUUGCAUGAAUGUAUGUUUACACGGGGGGAAUAUUAUAUUAAAAAAGCAAAGAUUAUUAUGAAUGCCGAUUGCAGAGUAAAACAGAUUUAUGGUUCAUGAAGAGUUUGAUUUUCCCAGCCCUCGGCGGUCUCGCCUGCCGUAGAGGAUUUAACAUCUGCAUUAGCUGUGGUUUCAGUCUGUCUGUGCUCUCGGUCUCAUCUCUCACAUUGCUGCUCGAUCGCUGGUGUCGAGCCGCAGUCGUGAUGCCUUUAUUCUGAACCCUGAGCUGAGACCGAGCGGAUGAGACACCUGAACGCAUCAUUGCUCUGCCCAGUUUCCUGUAUUUCUUUGUACUCCCACACCGAUUGCCUUUUAGAUAUGUAUAUUAAAGUUUAUUCACGUGCACUUACAAUAAAAAUUAUAUUUCGGGAUAAAGGAAACAGGAGUGACGCUGAAUGAAAACCAUGACACAUUAUUUGUCUUUAUUCAUAUUCUUUAUUUGUCGUGCAUUUUUUUUUUCAAUGACAUUGGAUGCUGUAAUGUUAGAAGACUUUAAAAUUGAACAUGUAAAAUCCUGUAUCAUUUAUGAUAUGUGUAUAAAAGAGAAAUGUAAUUCAAUUAUCAAUAAAUACUUAUUCGGUUUUGGAAA